UUGGCGAGGGCUCUUAGUGUCCUGCCGGAGCUCGCGCGGGUCGCACGGCGCUCGGGUCACGUCACGUCGCCUCGAAGUUCCUCAAGGCGUCGCCCAGAUCCUCCGCUCCUUGAAGAUGGCGCUUCUCUCAACAGCAAGGGCGAGGCGCGACUGACCAUCUCGAGAUGCUGCUGCUCUCGCUCAAGACGAACGGCGCUCAUCGUCGUCGCCACGGAAACGCUAUUUAUACUUAUGGCUAUCGUCUUCAUGGCCAUUGCUAAGGCUAUGAUGCCGGGCUUUCCACAAGCGUCGGGAGCUGGUGAGGGCGUGGGUAUGGGUGCGGGGCGUGUGCUUCUUCACCGAGUUCCUCAUGGGCGCGCUGUCCAUCCUCAUCAUCCAGCUGUGGAACGUCGGCCUCGUCCUGCUGCUUCUGUCCCUCAUCGCCUUCGGGAACAUGCUGCUCAUCCGCUCCUUCGGGUUUCACAUGCAACAGCGCGAGACGGGGGGCGAAUCGGAGGUCGUGAGUGUGGAGGACCUGGUUAAGACAAAUCCCGACGCGAAGUAAAGGAUUUCUGUCAUGUAUGUCUGUAUGUAAUCCCCCUGUAUUCACCUGUGAAGAUUUGUUGGCUGCAGUGAUGUCAACGGUGAUGUAAUUGCGAUUCUAAUGUUAUAAUAAAAAUUCUAAUAUAAGAGUA